AUGGGUUUAGAUUUCUGGCCGGUGAUUAUUGCGGUUGUGGUUGGAUUGGGAAUUUAUGUUUUCCUGUUUGGUUUUCUUAGGAAAGUUAAUGAGUGGUACUAUGUCAGCAGGCUGGGAGAGAGGAAGCAUUCCCUUCCUCCAGGUAAUAUGGGGUGGCCUAUAUUAGGCAAUAUGUGGUUUUUUCUCAAAGCUUCCAGAUCCAAAGACCCUGAAACCUUCAUCAACGAAUUGGUUCAAAGGUACGGUAGAACUCGAAUUUACAAGUCCUGCUUGUUUGGAAGUCCAAGCAUCAUAGUUUGUAUUCCUGAAACAUGUACGAAGAUCUUGACAGAUGAAAGAUUUGCUCCUGGUUACCCUAUAUCUAUAACGAAGUUAACAGGAAGCAAGUCGUUUCACAGUGUUUCGAAUUCAGAACACAGGCGUUUGCGCAAGCUAACGACAGCUCCAAUUAAUGGCCAUGAAGCACUGGCCAUGUAUAUUGGAUAUAUUGAGAACAUUGUGAUCACAGCUUUGGAAGAAUGGACAAGCAUGAACAGGCCAAUUGAAUUCUUGAAGGAGAUGGAGAGGGUAACUUUCAACGUCUUAACACAUAUCUUCAUGGGAUCGGGUGCUGAAUCUAUUCGAGAGUCGAUGGAGAAGUAUCACAAUGACUUCCACCAUGGAUUAUUAUCUGCUGCAUAUAAUAUUCCUGGUUUUCUAUUCCAUAAAGCUCUCAAGACAAGGAAUAUGUUGGUAAAGAUCUUUCAUGAUGUUCUGGAUGAAAGGAGGAGGAGGAAAAGUGAUAAUCCGUAUGAAAGGAGAGGCAUGAUCGAUCUACUCAUGGAAAUUGAAGAUGAGAAUGCUGAGAAGUUCAGUGAUAACUAUAUAUCUGACAUACUACUAUCGUUCUUGGCCGCUGGGUUUGGGAGCAUAGCCAAUGCAGCAACCUGGACUACCAUCUAUCUUCAUGACCAUCCAGAAAUGUUGCAGAAAGCUAGGGAAGAGCAAGAGGAAAUCUUAAAAGAGAAGACCAUCACAAAGGGUUUGAAUCUUAUAGAUAUCAGACAAAUAGAAUAUCCCGCAAAGGUGAUUGAUGAGACAUUGAGAAAGACUAAUCCGGUAUUUUGCAAUUUCCGAGUGGCACAAGAUGAUGUCAACAUCAAUGGUUAUUUCAUACCAAAAGGAUGGAAGGUUCUGGUCUGGACAAGGGGUGUUCACAUGGACCCUGAAACUUAUGUGAAUCCAAAAGAGUUUCUUCCUUCAAGAUGGGAUAAUCAAAAACCCAAAGCAGGAUCCUUUCUACCUUUCGGAGGAGGUAGCAGGAUUCGCCCUGGAGCUGACUUGACCAAGCUUCAGAUUUCCAUUUUUCUUCACUAUUUUCUCCGUAACUACAAAGUGGAACAAACCAAUCCUGGAGGCCCCAUUGUGUACUUGCCUGUCCCAAGACCUUUAGACAAGUGCCUUGCAAAAAUACUCAAGCUCUCAUGA